GUUCAGCUUAACAGUGGAUAGCUCGAGUAGGAAACCAGUACUUUUCAGGUGUUCGACUGAUCUCGGAAGGAAGAAGGGCGGGUCGCGAUGGCGGGAGGGAAGGUGUACUCGUUUGAGGAGGUGAGGAAGCACAACGAUCGGAAGGAUUGCUGGCUCAUCAUCUCCGGUAAGGUGUACGACGUGACGCCGUUCAUGGAGGAGCACCCCGGCGGCGACGAGGUCCUGCUGGCGUCUACCGGCAAGGACGCGACCACCGACUUCCAGGACAUCGGCCACACCGACUCCGCCAAGGAGCUGAUGCCACAGUACUGCAUCGGCGAGGUCGACGCGGCCACCAUCCCGGCCAAGCUCACCUUCGCCGUCCACAAGGACGCGCCCCACAAGAAGGCCACGACGAGCACGGGCGCCUGGGCGACGCUCCUGCAGCUCGCCGCGCCCCUCGUGCUGCUGGCGCUGGCCUUUGCGCUGCAGAGCUUCGGCAAGGCCAAAACUGAGUAGAAACAAACCAGAUGCCGUCGUGGAUUCCGCCGUGUCGCUGGCCUGCAGCCUCUUGGAACUAUCUGAAUUAUUAACACUCGUUGGAGUAGUCGAUGUGAUUGUGACGAGCUCUUCACGUCGACCGCUGCAAUCGAUUCAGUUUACUAUAUGGAAAAGGGAGUACACUCCUAAUCAAGUGUUAGUGGUUUCGUAAUAAUAAUAAUUUUCUUUCUGAUGAA